UACAAAGAAUUUUCUGAGCGUUUCACAGUCGUUUGUAGGUUUGUGGUCACCACUUUUUGGGAAGGACGGACGACGGGUUUUGACCCACAGAGGCAGUAGUAGUAGUAGUAGUUUUGUGUUUUUCGCGGUUCCGCUCUUUUUUUCCGGGAAAAUUCGGUGCACUCCCUAACCCUAAACUAUAAGUUAAACCAAAAGUAUCGGUCGAUGGGGGGUGACGGUCCGGGGGAAUAAAAACUAGUGAAUCGAUCAGUUGCCUGUGAAGUGACUUGAAUUUGAGUGGGGGUGUGACCUCAUAGUUGUCCUACCGCAUCGGAGGCAUCGGGACAAAACCUCAAAAACCCCAAAAGACUAGUCGUCGCGCGUCAUCGCGGCCGGAGAUUUUCACGGACUGUCGUUUUCGAGAAAGUGUUCCAAUUUUCUUGUUGCGGGAAUCGAUCCCGAAGAAAAACCAACUAUUUGGGGUCAUCAGUGUGGUCUAGUGGAAAAAUCUUUUGAACCCCCGGAAGUGGCAUCGAAAGUAAACUUACAGCUGAACCUGAACCAAUCAUCCCCCCUUUCUUCAAACAGUUAGCAGCUAGCCGCAGUUGUGGUGUGGUGAUAGUGCCUCUCCACCGAUUCUCCGGAACCACAAAGUUUUGGUCUCCGGUCCAGCCGGUCGAAUGUGUGGUGUGGUUUUCCGGGUGCUCAGUUUCCAGCAGCAGUGACACGCGGAGAGAUUAGCUACAAAUUGUUAAAGUAGUAGGCUGGAAUAGUGGUUUACAAAGUUGGUCAUCGACGACGACGCCAUUGAUGCCGUCGUCUAGCUACCUAGGAACGUGUUUGUUGAAUCACCCACCCACAGUAGUUUUCAACUUCGACCGUAAUAGCCUGAGGCUAGUGGUGAUAAGUUUAAGCUGAAAAGUUUGUUUUGAGUGUUUCUUUACAAGGGUGUGAGCAUACAAAGUGUAGAAAAAAAAAACGAAACCGUUUGCGAAUAUCAGCUAGCCAGCAACAUAAAGAUAUUCAAAUAAGCGCCCGGUGCUAACCGCUAAAGUCAACCCUCAUCCCACCGAUGAUCGGGUUCAAAAGUGUUUGCGUAUGUGCGGGGUGACUAAUGUAAUCGAUUGUGUCAAUAUUGAGUGUUUUUUUUUCUCUCGCGGGUAUUUCGUGAGGCGUGCUUCUACAUUGACCAGUUCCAAGUCCAGGCGUCAGUUAAAAUUAAAGUUAAAAGUGUUCCGGUGCCACCCCGAAAAGAGGGACUCCGUCGAAGUGUGACUAACAUCAGUGAAACGGGUCGAACCUAACCUCAAUUCAGCGACAGACACACGUCUCCCAACCCCAGGGAGAAGACCCGUUCAAAAUUGCUCCCAAAACUUCGUUCCGGAUGCAUUUGCCCAGCAGCGGCGGAGGAACCAUUUCCAGUAGUGCAGCUGCCGUAAGCCUAAAUCAGCCGGGAGGAUCCUUCCUGUACCAUCAAUACCAUCAUCAUCAUCAUCCCCAUCACCACCACCACCCGCACCAUUUUCAACAACUGCAGCACCCCCUGACGGCAAACGUGGCCAUCUCCGGUGUGAUUCCGGAAGCAGGCCAACCGCCGGCAGCAACUGACGGCGGCGGCGGCUGGGGAGACGUCGGUCAGACGCACCAGCAGCUUUACAAGGACACGGGAGACGGAGACGGGGACGUCGUCAUUGCAGCGGCUGCCGCCGCCGGAAGUGACGUAACCGGUGGCCCGGACGACGAAGAAAUGCUAGAAUCGGCUUCCAGUGGGCCUGCCGCCGCCAAUGGCGGAGGUAAUGGUACCGCCAAUACUAGUGGUGGGAGUCAUAGUUUGGUGGAGAAUAGUUCUCCCAGUCCGGAUGGGGAUUCUAAUGGAGCGGGGGGUGCUGGAGGAGAUCUCUGGUGGAUCGAGAGGAUGGUGAUGGAGGCGCAGCAGGAGUAUCCUGGAGAGUUAGUUCGAACCGGAAGUCCGUACUUUCUCUGUUCGGCGCUUCCCAAUCACUGGCGCUCGAAUAAAACGCUGCCGGCGGCUUUUAAGGUGGUAUCCCUCGGGGAUGUCUGCGAUGGAACCAUGGUGACGAUCCGGGCCGGAAACGAUGAGAAUUUCUGCGGGGAGCUGAGGAAUUGUACCGCCGUGAUGAGGAACCAAGUGGCCAAAUUCAACGAUUUGCGGUUCGUCGGACGAAGCGGGCGAGGGAAAAGCUUCACCUUGACGAUAACCGUAUCCACCAGCCCUCCACAAAUCACCACCUACUCCAAAGCCAUCAAAGUAACAGUCGAUGGACCUCGGGAGCCUCGAUCUAAAACCAACACACCUCAACUGAGACCUCCCCCGCUGCACCGGUUUCUGGAGCAACCUGCCUUCGCCCACUUCCCAGCCCGCUUCUCCUCAUCAUCAUCCAAUGCCGGACACACCGGAAGUUCGGGCACGAAUCCCGGCAGCGGCAUCGGUAUCGGGUCUUCGGGAACAAAAGGCGGGGCAGCUUCACUCAAUAGCAGCUAUAGCAGCGGAGCAGCAGCCGGCAACAAUCAUCACCACCACCACCAUCAUCACCAUGGACACCACCAUCACAAUAGCAGCGGCAGUUUGAACACCAGCGUCGAAUCGUCCAGCGAUUACAAGCCGAACCUCACGCUGUCGGAUUAUAGCAACGUGACCGACUGGCCAAAUGGGUUGAAUUCCUCCUCGUCGUCGGCUUAUGUGAGCAACUAUUCGCCGCUGCAGACGACUCCUCCCUCCUACGGUGGUUACGAUCCCUGUCCGAUGGCGGAACAUCCCAACUAUAAUCUUCCUUCAGUACUUCCAGAUACGGCCCAAACGUACCAGGACUACUACAGCCUCCCACCAGCUGCAGCCAGUGCCACCCCGCACCAAGCCGCCAUGACCCACGGGUACGUGUCCGCCAAAGGGACGACUGCAGAUCUGGACGCUUCCUACAGCCCAUACAGCCAGUGGGCCGCAAACGGAUACGGAACCUACCAGUACAACACGGCCUGUCCACCUCCAUUGCCUCCACCCCCGCAAGCUCAGUACCCUUCGACAGCUCCGGCCAUGGUCCUGUGUCCCCAGAUGUUCAGCACCGUCAACCAGAACCAGAUCCACGUGCACCUCCACGGAACCGGAAGUGAAAAGCUGGAACAGUACCUUGGCUCCGAAAAUGGGUUCACCAUCAAUUCGAUCUCGGCUGCCGGUGGCGGAGGAGCGUUGCGGGGGUCCUCAAUUACUUCCGGUUCCGGCUCCGCAGGGGUGGAAAUCGGAAUUGGAACCCACGAUAGUGCCCUUUCCUUGGGUCACGAAACACAACAUCAUGGAGCCGAUCAUCAUGGAUCAGAUCACCAUCAACAGCAGCAACAGGAUCCGGAUGUGCGGGAAGAAUCCGGUGUCAGUGGGGAUCCUAGCAGUGUGUGGCGGCCUUACUGAUGCUACGAGUUCUGAGGAGCCUGGUCCUUGGUUCUAGACUGAGUUAAAUUUUUAAGCUUUACUUUUGCUAAGCGCAGAAUAGGAGAUUGUUAAAUGUUAAAGUAUCAAUUAAACGCGACAAAUGUGUUUUCUUCUUGAAUUGAAACCAAAAGCUCAAAUUUGUUUACCCAUUUUGGAUAUCGUACUAGACUUAAUUUAGUUUAAUUUAUUGGAUUUUUUUGUCAAAUACAAGAAACCCGAUUUGUUAGAUAAAUUCUUUGGUGUAAUCUCUAAAACGUACAGAUUAUAAAACAAACUAGCUUAAGAUAUGGUAACGUACAACUUUUCUUCGGUGUAGAAAUUGUAACCCGGAAGCUCCGUAGUGAAUUACUGAUGUAAAAAUUGAUCGAUGUGUUUACACAUCUACAUACAUAGAUAAAU